UAGCCAACUCGAACCCCAGAAUCAUAUUUACAAUGAACCCUUGUAUGUCCUCUUCUGGGUCUCAUGCAUAUCACUAACUGCGAUAGUAACUGCUAGUUGAAGCACAUUACACAGGGAAACUGCACUUUCAGCAGCAACUAGCUUCACAACGCCAUGGCCCUUCUUCCAGCGUCCCUGAUUUGGGCUGCGUAUGCGAUUGUGAUCCUCGUGCUCAUUACAGUCGCCUCAAUCUUUGUAUAUCUCUUUCAAAAGCCCGAAGACCGCGUACCAUCGGUGACAAUAACAUGCAUUGCUUCUAUUACCACACUCCUCGCAACCGUUCUACUGCUCCCGGUAGAUAUCGCCCUGAUAUCAUCUACAAAUAUUUCGGCAUUAGGUCAGCGCAAGGAGUGGGCUACUCAAGAUGAAGUUGAUAAAAUUUUGUUCUCAUUAUCUACGGCCUAUUACCUUCUUUAUACACUUGACGCGCUACUGUGUCUCGUCGUGAUACCCUUUACCUAUUUCUGGUAUGAAGAAUAUGACGAAGUUGCCGCUGAAGCAGGAGAGCAGACUCUAUGCCGUCGCUUCUGGGCUACAUUGAAAUACACUCUUUCGUUCAUUGUCAUAACAAUUCUUCUAUUCGCUGUUGGGUUUCUUAUCCCAGCUCCAAAGGGAGAAAAUGACGGUAGCGGCCUUGAUUUUUUCAAGAAACUACUCUCUGAAAAUCGUGGAGAGCGCGCCCUCACAUUCACGCUUGGUCUGCUGAUAACUAUAGGCAUGGCUUUAUAUGUGUUGUAUACUUCAACUGGCCUCGCUAUACUACCCAUCAGGCUCAUUAAAGGCCCACGUCAUACUUCUGGCGGAGAUUUGGAAACAAGAACAACAGAGGUCCAACUUGAAAUAAACCGAGAACGACAACGUCAAUUAGAAACUCGCUGUGGUGGAAACCCAGAAAUAUUAUCCUCAAAAGACCGCAGAGAGUUAGACUCUCUGGUCAGGGACGAGAGGACUCUCAUUCGGCGACAACGUCUAGCAGGCGAGCUUGCCGCGGAUAAUCAAGGCUGGCCAACGAAACUUCGCCUGAAGAUUGAAUCGGCUUUUCGACCAUUCAAGAUCCUAAUCGGUAUUGUUAUAUUCAUGGCAACACUUGUCACAUGCAUAUCCAUGCUUUUGACCAUGAUAGAUAAAGCCCGGAAUUCUCUUUGCAAGCACCGAUGUGGAUACAUUCUCGGAAGCAUCAAUAUAUUCAACCCUGUUAACUGGGCUCUUAUCCAGUCGGCCAAAGCUAGUCCAGCAGACUAUGUUAUCUUCACUGCAAUUGUUCUGGUGUUCUUCUGCGGCACCAUCGUCGGCAUUACCACUAUUGGUGUUCGACUUUUUUUCCUGAGAAUAUUCCAAGUCCGACCAGGUCAUACCUCGCCGCAAGCUCUGCUAUUAACAACAGCCAUGUUAAUGUUGAGUGUUUUUGCACUGAACUACUCGAUACCCAUGGUCAUAGCACCCCAAUAUGCGACUUUUGGCCGACAGACGUUCUGUGAUCGCGUUACCGAUGGAUCGUUGGGAGAGCAGCUUAACUGUUCUAAUACUAGGCAACUCGUCAAGCCUUGCUCGGAGAUGACCUCGAAUUUGGCUGCGCGCCGCAUUUGCAUUCCAAGUGUCACGAGCACUUUCUUAAACCGUGUGACGAUUAAUUUCCCCUUUUUUGGGGCAAUUUUCUUCGCGUCCCAAUUUGUCUUCCUAGGUUGUUUCUAGAUCCCUUUAUCAUCACAUUCACCGCUAACAUAUGGUUCAUCAACCAGGUAUCUAUCUUAUUGCGAGCAUCGUCGCUAUGGUGCGCACGCCAAAGCCUAAUGAGCAACAACUCGAUGACGCCGAAGAGGCUGAGGAAGAAAGACUAUUAGCAAGUACCGGGAGACAAACGGAUAGUCGCUUGUAUGGCAGUACUACCCCUAUCGGCAGAGAUAGUGAAUUUGGCAGAGCAGAGGGGUGAAGGAUUGUGUACCUUCUUUCAAUCAUAGCCUAGGCUUAAACUGUCUUGAAAUCAUUUGAUGAUAAUUAAUGGCAUCACGACAUUCGAUAAUGGCG